AUGGCCGAAGCAUCAUCUACGACUCUUCCUAAUGGUGAGCCAGCUUGGUUAGAGCAACAAACAAUAGCUGGUUUCCGAGUCUGGCACAUUCUAUUUUUUUGCUUCUCCGCGCUGUUGAGCUUAGUGGUAAUGUUAUGUUGCUGCGUCCGUUUCAGAAUACCUCGCACUAAACAGGACAUCGAAGCCGAUUACCAGAGAAAGAAGUUGGCGCGGAAAUUCCGAACACAACUGGCAAGAAUACAAAACGCAGAGUUAGAUGACAUGGAUCUACAAGGAGCUUUAGAAAGAGUUCAAAAAGAUUUUACGAGAGAAAACAGCGAUGUUGGACAAGGUUCUCUCAGCUCCAUACAAACAAUAAAGCAUAGUAAGUAA